UACUAUACGCCAGCCCUGUCAUCUGCACUGACGUGGAUUGUGGAUGCGGCCAAUGAAUUAUUUAAACUCAAAAUAACAAACACGGUUUCUUUCGCUCCACCACACCUCGACUGAAUUAAAACUUAAACGCAGCAACCAUGGACGUAGCUUCGCUCUUCGACGAUGUGAAGCGAAUGAACAAACGGCAGUUCCUGUAUCAAAUGCUGAGUUUUGGCAUGAUAGUCACCUCAGCAUUGAUGAUCUGGAAAGGCUUGAUGGUAGUGACAGGCUCAGAGAGUCCCAUUGUGGUGGUGCUGUCAGGCAGUAUGGAGCCCGCUUUCCAUCGCGGCGAUCUUCUCUUCCUCACCAACUACCCCGAGGAGCCGGUGCGUGUUGGCGAAAUUGUUGUGUUCAAAGUUGAGGGCAGAGAUAUUCCAAUUGUGCAUAGGGUGUUAAAGUUACAUGAAAAGAAUAAUGGAACAGUCAAGUUCUUGACAAAAGGUGAUAACAACAGUGUUGAUGACAGGGGUUUGUAUGCCCCAGGGCAGCUGUGGCUCACUAAGAAGGAUGUUGUUGGUAGAGCAAGAGGUUUUCUUCCAUAUGUGGGCAUGGUUACAAUUUUAAUGAAUGAAUAUCCCAAGUUUAAGUAUGCUGUUUUAACAUGUCUCGGCAUUUACGUCCUGAUACAUCGUGAAUAAACUUGAGAUACAAGUGGUUAAUUAAAUAUAAGUUAAUUGAGUAUAAAAAAAAGAAGCGAAUAUCAAUAAAUUGAGUUUAUUUCCUA